UUUUCCUAGCAGGUAGAUGUAUGCGCCAUUUGGUUGGAAAGGGUGAGGUAUUCCUGCAAGGACCCAAUGGAGAAGAUGAACAGCCAGUGCCCAGGGCUCACUGGGCUGCGGAAUCUGGGCAACACAUGCUACAUGAAUGCGAUUUUGCAGUGCCUCUGCAGCGUGCCACCGCUUGUGGAGUAUUUUCUUUCAGAAAAGUACAAAGCAGCCCUACACAUGGAGAAUGGUGAGUCUGCAACUGCCUUUGGCUGUUUGAUGUCCGAUAUGUGGCUUGGAGAGGUUGACUGUGUUUCCCCAGAGGUUUUUCAUUCAGUCCUUGGGAAGAAGUACCCAACUUUUAGCAAGAGGACUCAGCAGGACGCACAGGAGUUUCUGAUUUGUGUCCUGAAUGAGCUCCACGAGGCUCUCAAGAAGGUAAAAGCCCAGCUGUGGUGUUUUGGGGACCAUAGCAGUUUCCUUGUUGCAUUUCAUGAUUCAGCAUUCCAUGUAAUAAUUGCCUGUCUUCCUCUUCCAAACUAUGCGAUGUGGCUGCUAAAAAUUGUCAUCUUUAUUCCUUUGUGUCAUACCCAUGUACGCACAAUAAUUCAUUUGCGUCUAAUGCUACAUCAAACUGCAUCAAGCCAAGGAAAAUGCAUAACUGAUGCAAAAUCAAGCAAAGGGAGUGUCUGCGAAACAUCUAUUAUCACACAGUUAUUUGAGGGGCAACUCAGUUACGAUAUCACGUGUCUGGAAUGCAAGACCACCACCAACAGACCCGAGAGUUUCACCAUUCUUUCCCUGCCCAUCCCUUCUAAGAGCAGGUGCUCUCUGCAGGACUGUCUCAAAGGCUUCUUUCAGCAAGACACACUGACUUGGAACAACCAAAUCCACUGCUCCUGGUGUGGAACUAAACAAGAUGCUGCAGUAAAGGCCACCAUGACCACGGCACCACAGAUUAUUAUUUUUCACCUAAAGAGGUUUGAAUGGCAAGGCGAACACAAACGGAAACUCUCAACUGACAUCUGCUAUCCACUCAGCAAUCUGGAUCUCUCUCCUUACAGUUCCCCACAUUUCUGCAAAGAUGCAGAGUACAGCCUGUGUGCUGUAGUGAACCACUCUGGUUUUCUGGAUGAUGGCCACUACACAGCGUUCUGCAAGCACUCAGUCACCAGAAACUGGUACAGCUUCGAUGAUGCACAGAUCACCAAGAUUCCAGAUUCGUCAGUGCAGACUAACAGAGCUUAUCUCCUAUUCUACGCCUCUCAAGGCCUUCGCUGCACCCAUUAAAAAUCUGCUAGCCAUGGAAAACGAACAGUCAGUAGGCCAGCAAUUAGCAUUCAUUGGUAGCAUCAGCCAAGUCCUGUUUCAUCAAUAAAUUAGAGCCUUUGCAUUACCUGAUCAUCUGUUGUGGUCCUUCAGAAAGUACCUUCUAGAGAGAGAAGUUACAGCUUCCGAGCCUAUUAAGGACUGGGCAUCUACUCCAUUUGUACAAGCUCUAAUGGUUGUUUUCCAUGAAAGCCUCAUACAUCCCUCAAAAGAACACAUAUGCAGAACCUAUAGAUGCACUUACCUGAAAAUUCCUGUUUCUCUGUCACUGAAGUAAAUUACGCUGGUUUUAGCUGCCUUCCAGAAACUGACAGUAGGAUACUAAGGUGAAAGCAUACAACCAGACCAUUUUAUGUUUGAGAAGAGCACAGGUGAUGACGUGACCAUUAAUAUCAAAGAAAUAAAAAGGCAUUAUUCCAGUACUGUCA